UUUAUCUCUCUCUCACAUUACAAACGGUGAGUGUAAUUUCUCACUGUAACCACUUUUUGGUUUUUUAGGUCACUGCUCCGACGAAGACCCUUCUAACAAGACAACAUUUUGAAGAACAUAACAGUAACGAUUCGCUACAUUGUGAGCUCUAUUUCAGAUUCUACAUUUUAAAUUCUUGUUUUGUACACUUUUUAGGAAAAAAAAACUCACAACAAAAAAAUGUUUCCGCUUUUGAUUUCUUCUACUCAGAUCUGAGUAUUCACUGUUACUCCAUCUUCUUCUUCGCUUUGAUUUUGGUUACAAAGUAUCUCUCUUUUCGAUUUUGUAUCUCUAUUUUGUUCGGGGAACGAAACGGUUUUUGUGUGUUUUCUGGUAUUUGUUCAUAUGAAAUUUAGGUUUUUUCCCGCUAAAUCGACAUGGGUUUUGGUUUGUAAUCUUCAAAAUCUCUGCUUUUGUUCACUUUAGUUGAUGGGUUCUUUGGCUUUCGUUACUUUUGAUUUUCGGCUCUCUCUUUUGAUUCAUGCCACUUUUGCUUUAAUCACUGCACCGUCGAUGUCUGUGUUCGUCUUGUUUGUAACUGUUAGGUUUCUAUUUUUGUAGCAAGUUUCUAAUUGUAGCCAUUAGAAAAGAUGGGAAAGACUCCAAGUCCUGGUAAAUGGAUCAAGUCUCUUCUUGGAAAGAAGUCAUCGAAAUCGAGUUUGGAGAAAGGAGGCGAAAAAUUGAGAUCUGCAAAGAAAGAAGAGCUUGUGGUGAAGGUGAAGGAUAAUAAUGUCUCAAAGUUACCUACCGAACCACCUGUAGUUUCAUCACAAGAAGUUGCAGCUACUCAAACUGUGGUCGUUCCUGAUGUUGUAAUUGCUGAGAAGCAACUAAGUGGAGACAUUGAAGGCGAUGAGUCAUCGAAUGUGAAUCUUGAGUCAGGGAAUGACUCUGAAGAAGUCAAGCUUGAAGAAGCUGCUACAAAGGUUCAAGCUGCUUUGAGAGCUCAGCAGGCCCGUGAAGAAUCUCAGAACCUCAAAGGUAUCACAAGGGUGCAAGCAGUUAUCCGUGGUCACUUGGUCAGAAGACAAGCUGUUGCUACUUACUCGUGCAUUUGGGGAAUUGUGAAAGUACAAGCACUUGUUCGCGGGAAGAAAGCUAGAUCUUCAGAAACCGUGGCUCAACUUCAGAAAACAAAUACGGAAACCGAGACUUCUGAAACUUUGCAAGGAAGCACAUACAGUUGGAUGGAGAACCCUACAAAGCUCUCAAUGAUUGAUAAGCUUUUGGUUUCGUCACCAACAACAUUGCCUCUGAAGAUCCAGUAUAGUCCUGAAGAUCCUAACUCAGCCAAGGUGUGGCUUGGACGCUGGACGCAGUUGCAGGUUUGGGCUCCUGGUCCAUUGGUGGUUAAGAAUCUGGUACCAAAAUCUCAGACAAAGAAGCGAAGUUUUCAAGCAGUCGAAGCGGAAAAGGGAAAACUUAAGAGAGGUGUCAGGAAACCAACCGGUGUUUCAACUACUGCAAACAGCUCUACUAGCCGUUCAACAGCUGACAACGAAAAGCCUAAGCGAACUGUGAGGAAGGCCUCCACACUUGGUAAAGAACUUUCGAAAAUCGAGAACGACAAGUCUAAGCAGAGUUCAAGAAAAAGUACUAGCGCCAUAAAGGAAGGGUCUUCAGUGGAGGUUAAAGAUGAGAAGCCUAGGAUUAGUCAUAAAAAGGCUUCACUUUCUAAUGGGAUAGGGAAAGCUACCCGCAAAUCAGCUGAGAAGAAGAAAGAGAUUGCAGAUGCAGUGCAGAAAGAAUUGCCUAUUGAAGAGGUUUCAGUUUCUUUAGUUGAUGCUCCUGAAGAUGAAAAGAUGAAUCUUAUCCCUGUAACAAUUUCGAAAGAGUCUGAUCUCGAUAAAGAUGAGAAGUCACUGGUCCUGGAUAAGCCGGAGCAAGAUGAACUCAGGACUGCCGAGAGAGAUGAUAAAGCUGAAGAGGAACUCAAGACUGCAGAGAGAGAUGAUAGUGCUGAAGAGAAAAUCCAGGAGCCAGACGCGCAGAUAAGCUCUGAGAAUGGAAAUGUUGCUUCUGAGAACACAAAGCCAAGCGAUAGACGAGCUUCAUUACCUGCAAAGAUUGAAAAUCAUCAUCAAGACGAUGGGCUUACACAGAGUGGGAGAAAAAUCCCAAGCUAUAUGGCUCCAACUGCAUCUGCAAAGGCAAGAAUAAGAGGACAAGGGUCUCCGAGGAUAGCUCAAGAGAAGCCUGAGAAAAAUGGGACAACACGGCGCCACUCUCUUCCUCCUGCAGCCAAUGGUAAGCUGAGUACAAUGUCUCCAAGAGCUCACAGACUUCUCAUAGCUUCAGCCAAAGGAUCAAUGAACAGUGACAGAUCUUUUUCAUCUUCCAAGGACAUUGGUGACAAGUCGACGAAAGCUGAGUGGAAACGGUGAGUCAACGAAAGCUGAGUGAACAAAAGAGAAAUCAAUCCAUAGAGGCAUCGUCAUCAUCUUACAGUGUUGAACAAAGCUCUGAAACCUUUUGGAUCACUUUUAACUGUUUUUUUUUUUUUUUGUUUUUUU